AUGGUGACAACAUUGAAGCCUACAACAAUCACUGAGGCUAUUGAUCUAAGUGUGGCAUUAAUUGAAGAGGCAAUCAGGUUGAACAAGUUUUUGAUCUCUGACCAGAAGAAGAAGGAGAGUCACGUUGAGUCAUCCGGUGAGAAUAAAAGGAAGUUCUCAAAUUUUAAGAAAGGUACCAGCAGUGCUAACAAGAAAAAGGAUGUGAACCUACCAGCCGAGGUCAAGACUGGUGCUGAAAACAAAGGAAAGGGAUAUAUGGGCACUCUGAUCAAAUGUGAUGUAUGCCAGUACCAUCUUGCCGGCCAGUGCAGAGUUAGCAAAUGUGAGUCUUGUGGAAAGGUUGGUCAUUCGAAGGAGACGUGCUGGGCUGGUACUGGUCGUGGUAAUGGUGGUCAGAGAGGUUAUAGCAACGGGAAUGGAAAUGGUAAUCGUGGUGGAAAUGGGUAUGGGAACCACAACCAAGGAGGAAAUGGCGGUAAUGGAAAUCGUGGUGGUUUUGGAAACCAUGCCGGUAGUGGAAAUCGUGGAGCGAACAACAACUAG